UGACAACCUCAAACACCCCACCCACCGAGGGACAAACUGAACUCAGCCAUGAACUGAAGGGAAAAAAACUCAUCACUUCCUCAUCAUCCAAAAACCCAAACCUCAAAAAACAAAACAACACUGAGAAAACAAAUCCAUGUCCAUAUCCAUGGCCUUGUUUUCUCCUUCUACUACAUCCCUGUCUGUCAAACCCCAUUUCACCCAUAAAUCAACUUUUUUUCUCCCUCUCAGAAGACCCAUUCGUUUCCUUUCCACUCCCAAGUCUUUACCAGACAAUGGAGCGGGAGUUUCAGCUUCAGUUGCUGCUGUUGACGACGCAAAACCCAAGCAGAAAGACCCUGUACUUGAAGAGGCUGUGGCGGAGUCUGCUGGGACUAACGGGGCGGCUACGAGCCCAGGAAUUGACGUUUUGAGCAAGUUUGAGGAUCCUAGGUGGAUUGGAGGAACAUGGGACUUGAAACUGUUUCAGAAGAACGGGAGCACUGACUGGGAUGCUGUUAUUGAUGCUGAGGUCAAGAGGAGAAAAUGGCUCCAGGACAAUCCAGAAACAACCAGUAAUGAUGACCCUGUAGUGUUUGACACUUCCACCAUACCUUGGUGGGCAUGGAUGAAGAGGUUUCAUCUACCUGAAGCUGAAUUGCUUAACGGCCGUGCAGCAAUGAUAGGUUUCUUCAUGGCUUAUCUGGUUGAUAGCUUGACUGGAGUAGGUCUGGUUGAUCAAAUGAGCAACUUCUUCUGCAAGACUCUAUUGUUUGUAGCUGUUGUGGGAGUACUUUUAAUCAGGAAGAAUGAGGAUUUAGAUAACAUCAAGAAGCUGAUUGAAGAGACAACCUUUUACGACAAGCAAUGGCAAGCAACUUGGCAGGAUGAUACCAGUUCAGAGAAUAACUAGUUGAAUUUGCAGUUUUUUGUCCUUUAACAGUUCAUGUAUUUUUUCACCACUGCUAUAGUUGUAGUUUCCCCCUGUUUGUGAGGAAGCAGGGUUUGAAGUUUGAAUAGUUUCUGUGUGCCUAGCUAUGUUGCGUUCUUGAACUAUUGUGAUUAUGAUUUUAGCGUUAAUGAAAUGUUAAAGUUUGUGAAGAUUUCAGUUAAA